CCAUCCAUCCAUCCAUCCAUCCAUCCAUCCAUCCAUCCAUCCAUCCAUCCAUCCAUCCAUCCAUCCAUCCAUCCAUCCAUACAUACAUACAUACAUACAUACAUACAUACAUACAUACACACAUACAUACAUAUUCAUACGUUCAUGUCUAGAUUUGUACCACAAACAGCAGUUUUCGGAAUAUCGUCGCUAUGCCAUUUCCAUACUAGCAUUAAGACAGUGAGAAAACAGCGCUUAAUAUAAGAUUAACAAUAAAAGACAACUACUGUGGCAAUUGCAAUGGCGGACGCCGCGACUGUUCUGUAUAUGGCAUAAACGCUGGAAAUGGGGUUUCUUUGAGUUUUCGCGUAACAGAGUUAUGAACUCUCAACGUGAAUUCUUCUUCUUCUCCCGUCCAUUUCUUGCAUAUGCACCCACAGUAGCGGAUUAGUCAAGGAGAUUCUUGAAGGCCCCGUACUAUUCUGUGUAGGAGAGAAAAAGAAGAUUUUAUGUUCGUUUCUCGUUUACUAGAAUAAGUGCUACAUAGUUCAGCCUAAAAAAAAAAAAACCAAUGCCCCUUUUUGUGUGUUCAUGCAAUCUCUGGAAAUAUGCCGACAACACUUGCCGUGUCCGUUCCUGCUCGCAGCGAGAAGGGGUCGAUGUUUUCACACAUGCUUACUUUUCCCGCAUACCGCACGCGCCAACACCCGUGAGAUCCAAGUGGUAGUUCGCGUCCGAAGGCUGCUUGCUGAGAAGCGGCGGCAUAUUACACGAAAAGCACCGCUAGCGACUGUGAAUGAUUGCGCAUGGCCGGGCUGCUGCACUUCGCCCACGCCGCAUGGGCUGCACCAACAUGGCUGACAUAACGCGACCCGGCGAGCGUGACGUCACGCGCAAGCCAUGUAUAGUACAUAUAACGGUGCUACAGCUGCGCCUUGACUCAGAUCACUAUUUGUGACAACGGCGUCAAGGAGACAGCAUUAUAUCGGCGAAACGUUUUUCACCUGCUGCUGGGCUCGCAAGGAAGUUGGAAUGCGUCGCCUGAGUACGCUCGUCUCAGUGUACGUUCUUGCAGCUGCGGCAUUCGCAGAUAUUCAAAAGACUGAUGGCCCUUUAAAAGAGUAUCGCGAGAAGCUUUGUAACUCUCCAAACACAACGAACCCGAAGGUGGAAGAUGCGAUGGAGAUGCCCGGGUAUUACGCAACGAUGCACUACUACAACACAACGAUUGACGACUGUGAAGAGUUAACCGAGUCAAUCUUUUCACGUGGCCCUGAAUACGGCGUGUUUUAUGCACGGUUCGACUGCGUCCGCACUUGCGCUCCAGGAAAGAAUAGUUCAUUCUGCGCCGACCCUCCAUAUCAACGUAUGAGUGAAGGCGAAAGUGGAGGAGGAAGGUUUGCAUGGUUUUACAACAUUUCGAGUGAACAAUGUCAGCGGUAUAAGGCCAGCAGUAACCCAUGGAAAUUUCCGAAACGAGUUAAUGGUUUCGGCGCCAAAGGCUUUUGCGAAAACAACUGCGGGAAAUUCAACACCAAGAACGUGAACGGCUCAGAGACUUGUGAGCAGAUAGUGUCCUGCACCGAACGACCACCCGGUUUUUGCGACAAAGACGGCGACGCCACAAGGUACUUUUACAACAGCUCUUCAGGAAAUUGCGAGCAGUACGAAGUCUGCGAGGACAAUUGGCCACGAGGAGCUACUGCAGUAAAUUAUUUUGUCACUCAAGAACACUGCGAGUUAAGCUGCAGUUGGCUCAACCAGACACGACAAACCGGAAGUGAAAUGGCAUCGAUGUGAGCUGAGGCUGGCGACAUGGUCCUAAGUGGACUAUAUGUGUGUCUUAAGACUGGGUUUGAGAAAAUUUUCUUUCAGAGAAAUCCACACUACUUUGCCUCGUAGCUUCGUGCUAACGUCGGUGGCAUGGCAAUUGUCUCCUAAAUAAACCUAUCUCUACGUCGCAAGCUUCCGCAGAACUCAUUUGGCACUUCCAAAACAGUGUUUGUAUCUCGCCGAUCCGGUUGCAUUGCUUGACCUAAAAAGAGCAGCACAUUGGGCUGUCCUGAUCAUUCAGAGUGGUGUAUUUCGUAAAAUAAAUCUCUGCCUAAACAAUA